ACCGUCAAACGGGGUGAAGUUGGCCUACGGGGUGAAGUUGGCCAUUUUCGGUAUAUUUCUUUUCGGUUCUUUUUUUUCUCGCCAAUCCAGAAUUUUAAUCUACUCAAGGUUAUUUAGUACAAGAUUACAGUGGAAGUUUGCUGUGUACCAAUUUUGAAAUUUAUUCUACAAUUUGGAAAUGCCCCGACGAUAUACCCCAAAACCAGAAAGUCGGAAGCUCUGCCAAUAUUCCGCCGAGAGCCUUCAAACAGCAAUUGUAGCCUGUGAGAGGGGGAUUCUCAGCCAGAGAAAGGCUUGUGAGCAAUUCGGAAUACCAAGAGGCACACUUCAGAAUCGACUUGCUGGUAGGUUCAAUAAGCAACAUGGUGGACAGACUGUCUUCGACUCCGAAGAAGAACUAAUAUUUGCUGAAUAUCUAACUUUGUUGUCCACAUGGGGAUUCCCCUUAGAUGCAUUUGAUUUCCGUUGCAUUGUAAAGUCAUAUCUUGAUAAAUGUAAGAGAACUGAGAAGAGGUUUAAGAACAACUUGCCGAGCAGUGACUGGGUGAAUUGCUUUGUGAAACGUCACAAAGGCAGGCUUACUUCUCGAUUUUGCCAAAAUAUAAAAGUUAAGCGAGCAGAGGUGUCGGCAGAGUCAUUAAAUCAAUAUUUCGACAAUCUUGAGGCUAGUUUAGCUGAUGUUCCAAGUAGUAAUAUUCUGAAUUAUGAUGAAACGAAUCUGACAGAUGACCCUGGAAAAAAAAAAUGUAUAUUUCGUAGAGGAUCCAAAUAUCCUGAAAGGAUUAUGAAUUCAACAAAAUCCUCGACGUCACUUAUGUUUACUGCCACUGCCUCUGGUAGAUUACUUCCACUAUAUGUUGUUUAUAGAUCCAAGCAUCUGAUGAACACUUGGACAGAAUCAGGUCCAAAAAAUGCCAGAUAUAACCGGUCCAAGUCUGGAUGGUUUGAUAAUGUCUGUUUUACAGAUUGGUUUAAAAGUGUUGUCCUGCCAUGGGCACAGGAUCUUCCAGGGAAAAAAGUUGUUCUUGGGGAUAAUUUGUCAUCCCAUUUUUCAGUUGAAGUUUUAAAACUUUGUAAAGAACAUAACAUUGAGUUCAUUUGUUUCCCAGCUAAUAGUACUCACCUGUGUCAGCCACUAGAUGUGAGUGUCUUUUCAUCUGUCAAGGUUGCAUGGAGGUCAAUUCUCACUGAAUGGAAGGAAGGGCCUGGACGUAAGGCUGCAUGUAUAACAAAAGACGUUUUUCCCAGACUUCUAAAGAAACUAGUUGACAGAAACACUACCAUGUCAUCCAAUAUCAUUAGUGGAUUCAAAAAAACUGGCAUCUUCCCACUUAACAGAGAAGAAGUAAUUGACAGACUACCAAAUACAACCAAUAAUACUGUUCGUGUUGAUAUUUUUUCUGAUGUAUUCCUUAAUUCAUUAGAUAAUCUUCGUUACAGCCAAGAAACACCUACUAUUCGCCGAAAACGUGUAUCCGUUGAACCUGGAAAGAGUAUAUCGGCUGAUGAUCUGGAAACUGGUGGUCCAUCAUCAAGCAAAUGUAAGAAAACAAAGGAUGUUUUAGAAGAACCUGCAUCCAGUAAUCUUGAAUCCUCUGAUGACGAAUCAUCUUGUUCUAGUCUAUCGUCAAAUGAUUCUGUCGCUCCUGAUGAUAAUUUUGAGGUCGCUGUUGGCAAAUGGGUCAUCGUUCGAUAUCUUGUUAAAUCCCGAUGUAUCCAUUACAUUGGUCGUAUUAUUGAUACCACUUUAUCAGAUGAUGACGAAUCCAGAGAAAAUGAAAUUCUGUUUUAUGUUAUAAGCUUCCUGCGAAAGUCAAAGAGAGUUGCGAAUACCUUUGUGCCACCAAUAAAAGAAGACAUUGAUACUAUUAAGUGGGCUGAUAUCCUUAAAGUGUUGCCAUUCCCAACCAUAUCAAAAAGAAAUCACCAUAAAUUUCAAGUUAAUUUUGAUGGAUAUAAUUUACAAUGAAGACGUUUUACUUGUUUUAAUCGCACUGUUACAGUCAUUUUACAUUUAAAUUAUAUAAUAAUAUAUUAAUUUUAAUCUACCAAAGUGCUAACAAUGAAAUAUGUAACAAUUCAAUUUUUAUUCAGAUUUUAUCAACAUUAUUUUUUAAAUACCAAAGUGCCAAAAAUGAAAUAAUAUGUAACAAAUUUAUUUUUUUGUUUAUGAAAAAUGUUUAAUUUUAUUAAAAGUUAUUGAAACAGUUUUCUUUUGUAUUCAAAUCCGGAAAUAUAGAUAACAAGGUCGGUCAUUGAAUCGAUUGGCACGUAUUCUAACUAACUCGAGCUGGUACAUGAAAAUAAGUAAGUCCAGGGUUGCCAUUUGUUAGUCCCCAAAUAACAUGGUUUGUAUCAAGUGGACUUUACAAUUUCUUUCAUGCACGCCCACAUAACCUUCAUCAAAAACUGCAGGGUUAGAGUCCGGCCAAGUUCACCCCAUGGUGUGGGGUCAACUUGGCCACAUACAUUUUUCCAUAUUCUGAAAAUUUGGAAUAUAACAGUCUUAUAAGUAACUGUUACAUUCCAUUAACUAAUCAGUCUAUAAGCUUACAGGUAAUUAUUUCCAGACUGGUAUGAGCAAUAAUCAGAAUAUAUUUGAAAAACUAAAAAAAAUGGCCAACUUCACCCCGUUUGACGGUACCUU